UCUGAGACGUCUCCGAUACCCAAAAAUACGAAUAAGGAUAGAGAGAGACAUAGUGCUGUUAAUUCCUCUAUUUUUUUCUUCUCUGUUUGGUUUCCAGGUGUUAAUUAGUGUUACUUCAAUUUUCCGUUUUCCCAUUAUGUUUAUCUAAAUAUAUAUGUUCCUAGAAGGGUAAAAAAUAAAAAAUAAGAAAACAAUUUUGUUGGAAUUUAAUUAGAAAAGAAUUGUUAGGAAAGAAAGAAAAGGUAACAGGUAAGAAGUAACAAGAGACGCAUGUAUGUAUGGGUGAGUCAGUCAUAUACAAACAAUAAUAAUUUCCAUUGGCAGAAAUCUGCGUACCCUCCAACAACAACAAUAACAACAAUACAUCACCCAUUUACCAACGCCCUCCUUCUUCGUUCACACAUACCCACACACAAAACUAAGCGCACUCUCUCUCUCUCUCUUAUUAAGUCUUGUCUAAAUUAGCAAUAUAGGUGAGAUUGAUACAUAUAUGUAGAGUGGAGGAAAGUAUUUAAAUAAUAAUUUGGGGUGUGUAUGUAAGGGGAAUAAGGAGAUAGAUAGCAAGGAGGAGACUAGUUGUAAUUGUAACUCAAGAGAAAAAGAGGAGGUGCUAAUAAGAGGCGCUUAAUCAAAUUUUGCAUCUAUCUAAUACAAGAAGAGAAGCAAGAAGGAGGAAUUCAAGUAUAUUGAUGGCAGUUCAAGCUCAGUAUCCCUCAAAUAUUCUCUUUCUAAACAGAAACAACGGGCAAGAAGGACAGCAGGCAGCAGGACUAGUCCUUGAUCAACCAAUCUUAUACAACAACAAUCAUGGAAGUGCUAAUUCUCGAAAGAGAACAAGAGAGGCCACAGUUCACAGCAACAGCAAUGUUGUCAUGAACAAUAAUAAUAAUAAUAAUCCAUUGAUACCUUUCGAAUCCCAACCUCCACAACUCAUACACCUUUCUCAGCUGCACAAUAAUGUGGUCUCAACAGGCCUACGCUUAUCCAACUCUACCAUCGACCAACAACAACUUCUUCAUGGAUCUCAAUCUUCAUCUUCGCAGACCAUGAUGGCCUCUGCUGGCGCCGCCACACACGGCGGAGAUGACGGUGGCGCCGGAUUGUCAUGCGCAGUUGAGGGACAGGCGGAGGACGCAGAAUCAGCGUAUGUGGACCCGGACAGGGUGGUGAUGGUUUCGGCAGCGGCGGCGCGUCCAAAGUGCCGGGGAUGCGGGCGGCGCGUGGCUUCAGUUGUGGUUCUGCCGUGUCGGCACUUAUGCAUCUGUACGGAAUGCGAGGCGCACUUCCGCGCGUGCCCCGUUUGCCUUACACUCAAGAAUUCAACCGUUGAGGUCUUUCUCUGAUCAAAAUUUCAUCAUUUUUUUUUUCUUUUUCUUACCACACAAUGAGUUUGUUCAUAGCAAUGGCCUUCCCAAACAGGUCCUUACUCAACCACCAAAAAAGUUGAAAGAAAAAAACAAAUUAUAAAUAAAAUUACAUUUUUUUCUCCCUGCUCUUUUGAAUUACCUUUAGGGUAAUUGAUUGUACAUGACUACUUCGUUAGGGUUAGGCGUUAGUACUGGCAUUUUCUUCUUUAUGUUCUUUUUUUUCUUUUUUAAUUUUGUUUUUUUUUUCUU